AUGGGGAAGAAGCUGGUGAUGGCCCAGAAGCGCGGAGAGACACGAGCCCUCUGCCUGGGGCUGGCAAUGGUAGUAUGUGCCGCCAUCACCUACUACAUCCUGGGUACCACUGUGCUGCCUCUCUACCAGAAAAGUGUGUGGACCCAGGAAUCCACCUGUCACUUGAUUGAAGUCAACAUCAAGGACCAAGAAGAGCUGGAGGGCAAGAAGGUGCCCCAGUACCCAUGCCUUUGGGUCAAUGUAUCAGCUGUGGGCAGAUGGGCCAUACUGUAUCACACGGAAGACACUAGGGAUCAAAACCAACAGUGCUCCUAUAUCCCCAGGAACCUGGACAACUACCAGACAGCCUUGGUCGAUGUGAAGAAGGUCAGAGCCAAUUUCAACAAGCACCAUGAUUUCAAUUGCUUUUCUGCACCUCAAGUCAAUGAGACCAGCGUUGUGUACCAGCGUCUCUAUGGGCCCCAAGUCCUCCUCUUCUCCUUCUUCUGGCCCACCUUCCUGUUGACUGGUGGCCUUCUUAUUAUUGCCAUGGUGAAGCUCAACAGGUCCCUAUCCAUCUUGGCAGCUCAGAAAUAG